AUGUCUUAUUUGGUUGAUGUAACCAAAACCAAGGCGUCAGACCAAGCUGGAAGAAGAAGAACUAAAACGGUCACGAGAAAAGAGUUAUUACAAGACAGUGCUUCAUUGGCCGAGAAGGAAGAAGAAUCUCUUCUUAAGGGUCAUCUUCUGGAGAGCACAAGCUCACCCAACAAAUUCACUCAGAAUAAAAAGGAUAGUGAUGAGCCUUGGGAUCCCGAAUCUUAUUGGAAACCUUUGAAUUUUCUGGUCGAAGUGGCGAACAGGACACAGACCUUGAAGUCUUCUUCUGCUUCUCAAGGGCCAGGUUCGAAAUCUGAGAAGGCUAAUGCAUCAUCUCACAAACAAAUUCAACCCAGAGUUAAGGACCACAAGAGCAGAUAUAAACGUGAGUAUGAAAAGAGUGCAAAACGGGAGAUGAGGGAUGGUCCUGUUUGGUUCUCGCUUGUGGCGUCCACUGAUCAGGAUGGAGAUAUUCCAGUUUCUUUUAUCCAAAAGUACCUAAUGAGGAAACUAAAUCUCCAGAGUGAAACUGAGGUAGAGAUCAGAUGUAUGGGAGAAGCAGUGAUUCCCGCGCUGAAGCUUCAGAAACUGGUAGACCUAUGGUUGCAUAGAGGUUCGAAGCGCCAAAAGAUUGAUGCAUGGAUUGGUUCUUCUGCGCAAAGGAUUACAUGA